UGAAUCUCAACAACCUGAUUUGGUUCACUGUCAUUGCCCGUGACUACCACCGUUCUGCAAUAACUCUAUUUCCUUUCAAGUACGCUUUUGCUCCUCUUUCUUUCUUUCUUCUUUGUGUUUUCUCUCACGUCUCAUCUCUGUCUUUCACUCCUUCAAAUUAUUAUUUUCACUUCCGUAUUUGGACAUUGAUUAUAACACUUCAACUUCAACCUGGCACGGUAGUUUCACAAAGUUGUCGUGGGUAAAAAUGUAAUUUGGUUAUACACUCUUCUUCAGUUACCGUUCUCCGACCCCUAGACGUCUCUUUCUCUGUCUUUGUAAGCAACCAUUUAAUUACAAACACUCAGUCCUUCUCUUUCAACAAAAAAUAAUAAUAAUAAUAAUAAUAACAGAUGCCGAAUCAGCAAUCGCUUUCUCCCUCUGAGGCUUGCCCUGUCGACCCGCAAAUCUGGCGCGCUUGUGCCGGCUCCUCCGUACAAAUCCCAGCCCUCAACUCUAGGGUUUACUACUUCCCUCAAGGCCACGUGGAGCAAGCGUGUCCUUCCGUCGCUGUCCCCUUCACCAAGCCCUUCAUUCCUUGCAUCGUCUCCCGCGUUGAGUUUCUCGCUGAUCCUCUCACCGACCAGGUCUUCGCUAAAGUUCUUCUCACACCUGUUAACUCGUUUGAUUCUUCGUCUUCUGGAAACUUCUUUGACCGCCAGCAAGAGCAGAAUGAUAAUGCGGUUUUUCCGUUUGCCAAGAUUUUAACGCCGUCAGAUGCGAAUAACGGCGGUGGUUUUUCCGUCCCGAGGUUUUGUGCUGACUCUGUCUUCCCACCACUAAACUACCAAGCGGAUCCUCCAGUGCAGACUUUGUCUGUUACGGAUAUUCAAGGAAGCGUUUGGGAGUUUCGCCACAUUUAUCGUGGGACGCCGAGACGACAUUUGUUAACGACGGGAUGGAGCAAGUUCGUGAAUCGGAAGAAACUAAUUGCCGGAGAUUCUGUUGUUUUCAUGAGAGAUACGACGGGGAAAAUGUACGUGGGGAUCAGGCGAUCGAUGAGGUACGGGAACAAUGGAGAAGUUGCCAGGUGGCGGGAGCAGAUUGGAAUGAAGCCCGAGGCCGUGGUAGAGGCAGUGGAGAAGGCGGCGCUGGGGUUUCCGUUUGAGGUAGUGUAUUAUCCGAGGGUCGGGUGGGCAGAUUUUAUAGUGAGAGCGGAGUUAGUAGAUGUGGCAAUGAGGGUGUUUUGGACGGCUGGGAUGAGAGUUAAGAUGGUGGUGGAGACUGAGGAUUCGUCUCGAUUGACGUGGGUUCAGGGCACGGUUAUGGCGAUUUCUGUGCCCGAUAGUGGCCAGUGGUGUGGCUCACCUUGGCGAAUGCUUGAGGUUACAUGGGAUGAACCUGACAUUCUGCAGAGCUCAAAGAGAGUAAGUCCUUGGCAAAUCGAGUUUGUUUCACCUACUCGGCCAAUUCAUACCACAAUUCCUCCAGCAAAGAGAUCAAAAUUUCCUCAGAAUUCUGUGUCAGUGACUGAAGGAGAGGAAGAAAUCUUCUUUCCACUGACGGGGCUAGCUAAUUCAGCGAUGGAGCACAAAAACCCUUCAUUGGUGAAUUAUGACACUUUUCCUGUUGGCAUGCAGGGAGCCAGGCAAAAUCCUUAUAGUGUAUAUAGUUUAUCUAACUUCACAAGUGAGAAUACUCCUCAAGUAUGUAAUGAUAGUACCUUUUGCACUAACUUGAUGCCAAAGUUGAAAUGUGUUUCUACCGAGCUGAACAUUGGAAGUUCACAGUCAGACAAUCUAUCACCUGAUAGCCACAGUAGUGUCCAUUCAUAUGGCAGUGAACUUCUUGGAAACCAGGGCUGCAACUUGACAAAAGUUGGUAUUAGCUCAUUUCAGUUGUUUGGCAAGGUCAUACAUAUGAAUCAGCCUGUUGGAAAUGGUUUGGAUGAUGUUGCUUGCAUGGAAGAUGAUGGCAGUAAAGGAUUCAAUGUAGCUGAAGGUUUGAAUAAGCAAAUGAAUCUCCCCUCAACUUACACAGAACUGCUCAACAGGUCUUUGGCAUUGGAGCGGCUCAGCAGUUGAAGCUGAAGCUUGAUCUUUGUGAAAUAAUAAUUGUGUCUCUGGCACGCUGAUAAGUAGCUGUACAGGUAUGCUCUUAUCUGAAUACAGUAUACUGCACUGAACCAAACCAAUCAUCAGAUGUUAAUUACCGGCUAAUUGUACAUGAGGGUUCAAUGUUUAUCAAAAUUUGAUCUUGCUAGUGGAUUACUAUUACUAUUAUAUGCAUAGUUGUUUUAUGUGCUUUUCGGUCUGCAAUUUCUGUACUAGUCAAAUGAAUGUUUGAAACAGACAGUAAAUCUGAUUUCUGUGCUUGCAUUACUGGUAAAAAGGAAGAGGUUGAGUUUGUUGUAUA